AUGGCGGAGGCUUCGCACGAGUCGAACGGCGCCGCCGAGGGUUUGGUGGCGGACGCAGCAGCAGGCGCAGCAGCAGCAGCAGCAGCAGCAGGCGCUGCAGCCCCCGCGGGGGGGGCCCCCAACGGGGGCCCCUCCGGGGACAAGGGGCCCCCCCCUGUGGAGAUUAAACUCUUUAUUGGCAGAGUCCCUCAGGCCGUAGAAGAAGAUUCUUUAAAACCUGUUUUUGAAGAAUUCGGAGAAGUCCGAGAAGUCAUAAUCAUUCGAGACAAGGCCACUGGCAAACACAAGAACAGCGCCUUCGUCAAGAUGGCUUCGAUAGCAGCAGCAGACAACGCAAUUCGGGCGCUGCACAACAGCAGGUCUUUGGAGUCCGCGAUGGGCCCCAUGACUGUCAAGUACGCCACGGGAGAAGCCGAGCGCCUGGGACUCAAUCCGCAGGCCUGCGAGCCGGGAGUGCCGCAGGCGAAGCUGUUUGUGGGGAGUUUGCCGAGGACUUUGAAGGAAGAGGAACUCAAGGCCUUUUUCCAAAACUACGGAAAUGUGGAGGAGGUGUUUGUGAUGAAAGACGGAGCCACGGGCCAGGGAAAAGGUUGUGCUUUUGUCAAAAUGAGUCAAAAAGAAGCAGCUUUUUUCGCAAUUAAUUCUUUAAAUGGAAAACAUCUUUGGGAGGGAUGCAACAGACCCAUGGAAGUCCGCUUCGCAGAAAGCAAGGCCCAGAGGCAGCAAAUGA